GAAACAACAGAGGUCCUAAAAUUGAACCCUGCGGUACCCCACUAUAAACGGAGGCCCACUGUGACAUUAAUCUUGUACAUUUCUUGUAUAUUAAAAAGCUUUUGUUAUGUUUCAUAUGUCUUGUCAUUCUGUAACUAAAUAGGUGAAUGAGAAAUAAAAUGCAGCACAGGGAGACAGAGACACACAAAGCUGAUUAUGUUCAUUUUAGAAUCCAUCUCUCAGCACAGCAGCAUCAAUAAAGAACCUUACGUCACUUACAACAUACAUUCAUCGUGACAGUGGGAUACAGCACAAUAUCACAGAAACUGGAAGUGUUUCUUAAAAAUACAGAAUAACUUCUUUUCUUGUGGCUUUUAUGAAGUUCUGUAAAACCAGUAUUUCUCAUGGCAUCAUAUUCAAUAAUAACAUCGUAAUACAACUGAUUUUUAAUAAUUGUUAAGGGUCUAAAGCUAUACAACAUCUGUAAAAAAAAAACUUUGUCCAUAAAAGCAUGGAGCGCUGCAUUUACAAGAAAACUGUGUUCUGAUUGACAUUCUCAAGUUUAAAUCAGGGAGCAUAACAUUAAUUCAGCAAUGAAGUCUGUAGGUAUGAUGAAUUCACUGAUUAAGAACCUUGAGCAUUAGAAACUUAUUAUUAGUAAUUCUGUAUUAGACAGUUUUUCUUGUACCUCUUUCUGAAACUCAUUGUAUACAUUAUGUUACAUGAUAAACGUCAUCAAGGUGGGCGUGAGUCAUUGCCCUUCCCGCCCCUUUGAAGUCAUGGGGAUUCAAGCCACACCCACUCCAACUCACUGAAAAGUCGCACAACGCUCGAGAUCACAAAAACGAGUACAAGCAAAGGUUUUAGAAAGAGCAAAAAAAAUGUCUGGUCAUGAACUCAGCCUUUCCAACAAAGAGGAGAUGUUUGUUGUGGGCAUUAUACCACUUCUCAAAGAGGGCAUCCUUUGCUUUAAUAAUCUUUCAGCCAGUGUAUUUACUAAUGAAGGCAACAUAAACAACGGAUACGAUGAGCUUCGCCAUUUAAUUAGUAAUGUGAAGGAUAACUUUGCGCAAGCAGAGCAAAGAGCUUCUGGUAUUUUAGCAAGUUUAGAUAAAGAGUCUGAGGAAUUAACUCAACAGAAAGGAAAACUGCAACGACAACAGAAUGACAAGAAAACUGAAUGCAAAAACCUACAAGACCAGCUUGCAAGACAGCAGAACAUGCUGCAAGAGAUUCAGAGAUUGUUAGCAAAUGCAAACGAACACUUAGAAAAAACAAAGGAAACUGUUGAGGAGAUGCAAAGCAGAAUGGACCACGACGUAGCUGUGAGGAACACUGGGAUCGGUCUGAUGUUCAUUCCAAUUAUUGGAACUAUAAUUGGAGCCACCUUGAUUGGGGUCUAUCAGACAGAUCUGAACAACGCAACAGAAGCUAAAACUCAAGCUGAAAGUGAAGUGCAAAGCUGGGAAGGUGAAGUGGCAAGAACUUCUCAGAGUGUUUCUGACUGUGAGACAGAGAUCAACCAGAAGACACAGGAGAUUUCACAAGUUAACACCAGUUUGGAGGUGUUAGAAAGAACCAUAGAAGACGUCACAAAGCAGCGCUUUGUUUUAGCUGAUGUCCAAGAGAAGAUCAGGAACGCUGUCAGGGUUUUGACCGAUCUAGCUGGAAUAGCUAAAGUAGGCGAGAUACAGACCAGAAAGGUUAUUUUGUUUGAGCCCCUCAUGACAGUAGUAGAGGAAACCUUUAAAUGUAUUCUGCAAAUGUCAGAGAAGGGUCAGCUCCAGUGUGUUGAAACAACUUUAAAACCAAUACAAAGUGCUUUUGAAGAGAAUGUGAGAAAAAUGAAAGCUUUGUGUGACAAAGAGAAUGAUUACUGGUAGGAAAUCAGUAAAACAUAUCUUUAUAAAUGAAAUGAAAGUCAUAAAAGUCAGAAUUGAUCUUUUACAGAAAAUGCAAUAUUACUGUGCUUGUAUGCUACCAGCAAUAGAUUUUAUGUAUCUAUAUAUCUAACUUUCUGCUCACCGGCAAUAUUUAGUGUGAAAAAGCUCUUAUUUAGAGAAUGAAAAAAGUUUUCUGUGACAUAAAGCACAUUUCUAUAAAACUCUAUGUCAGGCUUUACCUUCCACAAAAUUAGUUAUGCUAGGUAUAUUUCUGUGUAUUUAAAUGACAAGUGUGCAAAUAAAUUUUUUUUUUCAUUUUCAUGUAAAUUGUAUAUGAUUCAACACAUUCGGUCGUCUUCCUCGCUUGUCCCAUGCGGGUGCCAGCUUCACUUUUUUACUUGCCAGUCGCCAUUUAUUCCUGUCCAGGGCAUCUUUAUGGCUGACUCUGGCUUCCUGAACAUCUUUGAGUCAGUCAGGCCAGUGUUUCUUUGGUGUUGCACUGCGUCAUUUUCCUGGAGGGCUCAGGCGUAGUGUUGUCUUUGUCACUGACUUCAUUCAGUCAUGCUCCUUAAAUCACUCCGCGUGGUGGCAAGAUAAACUUGGGCCCUCGACCAGCCUUGUCUUUCACAGUUCCAGUUGUUUAAACUUUUCAAUUACUGCUCUGACUGUAGAUAUGGCUAAGUUUAGGCGAGUAGCUAUUUUCUUGUAGCCAUUUCCUGACUUAUAAAGAUCAUCACAUAUCUGCCUUACUUGAAUGCCAUGAUCUCUUGUCUUUCCCAUUUUCAUCAGUGGAUAAGAGAAAUGGGCCCCUGUGUCACGUCAUAUUUAUACCCCAAGGAAACAGGAAGUCAUGGGUUACUAAUUAAAAGUUCCUAGACACUCUCAUCAACUUAAAAAAGUAAAGCAUGAAUUACAAAAAAGCUUCAAUGACAGUUUUAAUAGGAAUUGUUAGGAGUGCCAAAUAUUGUGGCACUGGUAAUUUUGUUUAUUAUUUCUUAAUAAUAGAUUUUUUUUUAAAUUCAUUUACUUGAGUUAAAGCUUAGAGUUUUCUAAUUCUUUCAUUGUGAGUUUAUGCUGCCCCAAUAAAAAAAAUUAUUUAUUAUAAGCCUAAGUACGCAUCUUUGCCUGGGGUGCCAAUAAUUGUGGAGGGCGCUGUAUAAAUCAUGUUAUUAACCUCCAUAUUAGUUACAGCACAAAUAUUUCACCAAAUCACUGCAGAUAUUGUAUAGCAUUAGUUUAUUGAUAUUGAUUUGUAAGCAUAUAGUGAAUUUUGUAGUAAUUAUUUUUUUCCAAAUUCUGUGAGACUGUUUUGUGGUGACAUGAGCAGGACGGUUUGGACUGGACAGAGUAAAAUUGUAAAAAUGUUUAAUGAGUACUCAGCUUCUAAUCUGGUAAGUCUCCUGUCUCUAACAUCUAUAUUUAUUUUACAGACUCUUUUGUCCAAAGCGUCAUACAAAUGGACAUUUCAUACAAAUAGAACUUUGAAUAUAAUACAGAUUUACAGACUGCAUAUCACACAUAUAUAAAUCUGUAUUAUAUUCAAUGUUCCAUUUUAAAAAUUUUAUCUUUUUCAUACCCUUGUAACUGUAUUCUUACUUGUUCCUUCUAGUUGCACAGUCAAAAGAGCGGUUCAGGAUACAUUUCACUGCAUGUUGUACCUGUAUCACUAUGCAUGUGACAAUUAAAAGAAUCUUGAAUGACAGAUCAUGCAUUGCAGGCAUACAGCUGUCAAUGUCGCCACCUGCUGUUCUAACUAAUAACUGCGCCUCAUAUUUGUGAUUUUUUUUCUACAGAUCAACUGCAUGAAUCGGACAAAUAUCCCCAAAUGAAUAGGAGCGGAGUCACAAAUGUGACGUGAUCCACAAAUAGACGGGGAGUGAUCCACAA